UACAGGGUGUAUAACACCAUGUACACCGUGUACUAUGUCAAUCAUAAAAAUCAUAGAUUAAAUGCCUAAAAUCAACCCAUAACGAACGCUUCACCUCUCCCCGCUCACUCCGGAUAGAAUUCCCCGCCGCCGCCCGCCGAGCUCUCCGUCGCGUCGUGUAUAAAUAAAGGCCCGGAACACGCGAAGCCGCUAGCCAGUACUCGUGCGGCACUCGAUCGUGGUGCUUCGCUGUUCGUUCGUUGUGUUAUCGUAAAUUCUACAAACUAACCGAGAAGAUGACCGGUCGCGGUAAGGGAGGAAAGGGUCUGGGAAAAGGAGGAGCCAAGCGCCACAGGAAGGUACUUCGUGAUAACAUCCAGGGUAUCACGAAGCCCGCCAUCCGUCGUCUGGCUCGCAGAGGAGGCGUGAAACGUAUCUCCGGUCUGAUCUACGAAGAGACUCGCGGUGUCCUCAAAGUGUUCCUCGAGAACGUGAUCCGCGACGCGGUCACCUACACCGAGCACGCCAAGAGGAAGACCGUCACCGCCAUGGACGUCGUGUACGCUCUGAAACGCCAGGGUCGCACCCUGUACGGUUUCGGAGGUUAGACCGUGUCUAUCCGCCGCGGCCUACGUGUCGUCCGUCGACCAGCUAUUCUACAGAACCUACACUAUGGUGGACGCGGGUGCGUCGUGCGUUCGUGUACUCUCUAUGUGUACACAGUAAUGUAUCGAUUCAUGCCUCGUUCAACCAUACGUAGGUGCAUGUAGAUAUGCGCCACAUUAAAAAAAGGCCCUUUUCAGGGCCGCA